AUGGAAGAAGGAAAUAACUCUCAACCAGUUCAGGCUGUCGCCGAUGUUUCUGGUCUUCUUCCUCCUCAGCAUUGGGCUGAAGUAGCUGAGGAGUUGGGUGAUACGUACUCUGCUCUGGGAGAUGAUACUGCAGAGUCGACGGCGUCUAUCAGGUCGAGUAUUCUGCAGUAUAGGAAUAUCAAUGGGAGAACUUAUCAUCAUGAUAUUGGGAAUGCGCAGUAUUGGGGGACCAAUGAUGAGAAGCAGAAUGAGUCGAUGGAUAUCAAUCAUCAUGUUUUGACACUUGUUUUGGACGGCGCGCUGUAUCUUGCGCCGAUUCCUAAAGAUAUCAAGAAUGCUAUUGAUAUAGGUACAGGAACAGGGAUCUGGGCUAUCGAUAUUGAAGACUGCACUCAAGAGUGGACGUUCGCCCCCAACUCGCAAGACUACAUCCACUUUCGCUGGCUUGUUGGAAGUAUCGUCGACUGGGACCAGCUCUUCAAAGAAGCAUAUAGAUGUCUUAAACCAGGUGGCUAUAUAGAAAGCCACGAGGCCCUUUCGAGGAUGGACUCUGACGAUGGAAGUAUCACUGAGAAGAGCGCUAUGCAUCAGUGGGGGAAGUUCUUCGUUGAAGGGGGUAAGAAGAUCGGUCGUUCGUUUACCAUCGUCGAGGAUGGAGUUCAGAGAUCUGCUAUGGAGAAGGCUGGGUUUGUUAAACUUGAGGAACGUGACUUCAAGGUUCCUAUCGGGGGUUGGCCGAAGGACCCGAAGAUGAAGGAAAUCGGCAAGUAUGCACAAGCUACUCUUGAGCAGGACAUCGAGGGCUACGUGUUGUUCAUGGCCAACACCGUGGAGGGCUGGACGAAAGAGGAGGUUGAGGUGUAUAUAUCGAUGCUGAGAAGGGAGUUGAGGCAGGGAAACAUGCAUCCUUAUUAUUGGCAGAAGGUUGUCUGGGCCCAAAAGCCAAAAGAGUAA